UGAAACAGAGUCUUACGCCUACAGAGAGUCGAAAUGGUGGGAGCAAUUACCAUACAGUGUUCGUUGAUUUCAACUAAACCCAAAACCUUUCUUGGGGGAAGAAACCCAAAUCGACUUUUCAGCCAAAUCCAUCUGAGAAACCUUCCGACCUUAUCCAUAUUCCAUCCAAAUCUUAAACUCAAGGCUAACAGAUUCCGGCCUCGUUUCAUUCUCAAGGCUUCUUCUUCAGUUGACAGUGCAGAAUAUGCUGUGGAGCCUGCAACAAAUGUCAAAUUUCAGACAACAUUAAGCCUGCCAGGCUGCUCAAAUUUAUCGGCAUUGCUCGGCACUGGAUACAGGGAGAAGGUUUUUGCAAUCCUUGGUGUCAAGGUCUACGCUGCAGGGUUUUAUGCAAAUCAAUCUGUCAUAGGAAAAUUAAAUGCUUGGAAAGGAAGAUCAGCUGCUGACAUUCAAUUGGAUUCGUCAUUGUUUGCAUCAAUUUUUCAGGCUCCUCUGGAGAAAUCGUUACAGAUUGUUCUGGUGAGAGAUGUUGAUGGCAAGACCUUCUGGGAUGCAUUGGAUGAUGCUGUCACCCCACGAAUCAAAGCACUUAGUCCUGUUGAUGAAUCUGCACUUUCAAUUUUCCGCAGCAUCUUUCAAGGGCGCUCUCUUAAGAAAGGAACUUUCAUAUUCUUGACCUGGCUUGAUCCAUUGAAGAUGCUAGUUUGCAUUUCAUCUGAUGGGUUGCCUUCUACUGUGGAUGCUGCAAUCGAAUCGGUGAACGUAAAUAAGGCACUCUUUGAUGUGUUCUUUGGAGAUGCUCCAGUGUCUCCUUCCUUGAAAGCCUCAGUUGCUGAGGGGCUGUCCAUGGUCCUCAAGUAGAUGCCAUACACUACCAAUUGGUUUUAUUAGUUCCAUCUCCAAGAGUAGUUUAUAUUUUUGUUUCUCUGUUUGUUACAAAGCAUUCAAUUUCCCU